AUGAAACCUGUUGUAGCCAAGAAGUCAGCGGCAGCUGCCUGUGGCAGUAUGCAAGCCUUGCCAGUAAUGGUGAAACCCAAAAAGAGCUACUCCAAACAUCUCUACAGGAUUGUAAAGCAGGUAGGUAGUCCUACUCAACUGUACCCUAAGGAAUAAAUUCUUUAUCCACUGCAGGGCCUUGCAAUAUGACCCUGGGAUGCCAUUAAUGAGGAUUAUGGAGUAAAAUCAGUAUUGCAAAGAACUGGCGCUCUAUGCCAGAAUGGUGGAGUUAGGAUUAUUAGACUUGGCUGAUGAAAUAACUGUCAGUUUGUAGUUGGCUCAUAUUACAGGAGAAUAUGUAUAUAAAAACAAAGGCUGUGUAAUUCUGGCCUCUAUUACUGCUGAUGGGCAGAGCAUGAAAAGUGGUACCCUGUAGUCUAUAGCAUUCCUACACUGAUGGCUAAUCCAUUUAAAUAACCUGUCCCAUUAACUGACGAACUUAUCCUUGUAUUGGUAGCUUUAAUAACUGUUAAGAUAAUGCCCCAUCUGGGCAGCUGGUUCUGUUUGUGGGCACUCUCCCAAGCAUUGUACUACCUUCAAAGAUGCCAACAUGCUGUUACACUCAGAACCUCUCAGAACAGUGAUGGAUCACACUAUCCUCUGGAGUCUGACUCAAUGUAUCAUGUUGGCUUAACAUGUCUUAUUUGAUCGUUGUCCUAGGUCCUCCCAGAAGCCACCCAGUCUCAGACGGCAUUGGAUUGUCUGAAUAAAGACAUGUUAGACAGUGAGAGACUGCAUGAUAUUGCUGCAGAAGCUGCCAGACUGUCUCUUUACAACAUGAGACAUGUUAUAACCAGCCAGGAGGUCAACUGUGCCCUGAGACUCGUCUCCAGGACACCCAUGGCAGGGGACUCCAAGUAACAUCUAAUGUGCCUCCAUUGUAUUGAUGGCAUCAGGCCUAAUAUGCUUUAACAUAAGAUUUUAUUUUAAUAUAAAACUUCAGAAAUUAUGUAAACUAAACUGUCACUUGCACUUAUAAAUGUUUGUUUUCUGUUAAUAUGAAUAUGUAUUAAAUGGACAUUUUAACUUAAAGAUCUCCUUUAUGGGGAAGAGGGAGAAGCAACGGAAUAUCUAGCCUUAAAACCAAACCUUGAGCUGAACCUGACCUCAAAAUAUGGAUGAAGAACAUUGCUGGAGGAAGGGGAGCCAUAGCCAACAAUGGAAUGUUCCUUAUUGCUCCACCAGUCUAUACAGAACCAGCUAUGUGUAAUGACUGAUGUAGCCAGCUUUAGUAACAGUAUCCCCUAAAAUGGAAUAGGGCUACCAAGUCACUGGCCCUGGGCUGUCCUUGUGAAAGGUAGCACAUGUUUACUGCAGGAGUGAAACCCAUGAGAGCCAGUGAUGGGCUCCUUUCCUGUAUAGCUGGGGUCCAUGUGGGCUCAGUAACUUGGAAUGGAACAUUGGCUUUUAUCACAUGCAGAGUAUUGGUAGCUCCCUGGAUUGUGUGGGGCAGAGGCAAUGCUGGCUCCCUGGGCUGGGUCCAUCCUGCAGGGGGGUCCCUUGGGCUCUGCUAUACAGAAGUAAUGGCAGGCUCUCGGGUAUUUCCUAAACUCAGCGCUGCUAAGGGGCCAGUUAGGUGGAGAUAUCCUCCCUGAGCUGCUAAAUACCAAGCAUUGCGUGAUGGCAGCCUCUGGGCAACUGCUUAAACUGUCCCUCCUCCCCCUGAAAGCGAGCAUGGUAUAGCCCGCUGUCCCUUUAACUAGCAGUGCUGCCGAGUGUCCGGCAGAGGGCGCUGUGCUGCUUGUGCUAUACACGUGGGAAUGGCUGCUCGGUCCCGGUGUUCGCUCAGCUUCCUCCAUACAGGAUGGGGGUUCAGGGACCGAUCCGAUAUACCGAGCUCCAGCCGGGGGCCGGACACACUGCUCCCUCCCUGAAUGAUCGGAAACCGACUGCAAGAUGUACCUGCUCCAUAGGAAGCCAUGAAUAAGGUAAGCUACCCUGAAUAACCUCUCCUGUCCCUUUAACUGGCUGGAUCCCUGUUACUCUCCUGUCCCUUUGGCUGGCUGGAUCCCUGUUACUAUCUGUAAAAACACGGGUUAAAUGGGCCCAGAACUGCUUUAUAUAACUGGCUUGCACAUACCUCCUGCUACAUUUCCAAACUUCUCUUGUAUUUCUGUCCUCACUAAACUUGGGUUAGUGCUGCUGGGAAUGAUGACAGAAAAGGCCGAAUUGCAGUUCUCUCUGUAGAGCAGGACAAUGACAAAUCCCCUUGAAGCGAAAACUGAACUGACCUCUGCAGCUUUUUUCUAGUUUAAAUAAAAGCUUCUCAUUUGAUCCAUGGACUAGGUGUCUUUACUGCUGGAUUCUAUUACUCCUGUGUAAGAUGUAACAAUACAUUUAUUUCUCCAUACAGGUAUACUGUGGCUGGUGACUUGCUGGUCCCAAUGCCAAAGCCUGCUUUAUGGAGUCCAUGCAAGAUGAUUAAUGUGUAGAGCUGACCAUCAGUGUAAGUACAACUUCUAGUCUGAUCUGAAUUGGUUGAAUGUAAUGUUCACUGGGGUUAAAGCCCCUGGUGCAGCCAUGUUCCAUAGGCUUCCUGAUGUCUGGGCAUGAGACAUGGUACUGAGGGAUGAUGACAUAAAAGGCCGAAUUACAGAGUCUCUCCAAGCAGUUCUCUCUGUGGAAGAGGCUCGAUGACAAAACUCCUUGAAGCGAACUCAAAACUGACCUCAACCAAACAUGUCGUAAACUCAGAGUAACCAAUAACUGUGUGAAUGCCACUAAUCUAGAACCCUUAAUGCAGGCUUACCAUUGGCUCUGUUACUAUAACAGGUAACAUGAUGCAGAGCAAGUGCCUGGUGCAACAUCACUGCUUUAGGUGUCCUGAGGCCAACUCGCAGGACUUCCUUCAACAUAGCUGAGACUAGCUGCAGUUGUCUGUGGGUUUUUAUUUAUAUAUUUAUUUUUUUAACCUCUGGGAGAACAUGGAAACUGGUUAAUAUAACCACUUACUCAGCACAGACCGAAGCACAUUUUAUUGCUUUAAACCGGGAUGUUAGAAUGCUGGACUGGGCCGUACCACACAAUGAGUGACUCUCAAAGAUUGGCACAAUUUACCAUGAAUAGCCUACAUCUUGUAUCUGUGGGACUCUUGGAGGAAUUGGCAGAGCCACAAACGCUUGCUCUUUGCUUAAUGCCGUUAAAGAUAUUUAAUCCAGAGACCUCAUUCUUGCAGAGGUUCCCACAGUUCAAAGACCAGGACAAGGCUUUCUCUGCUCUUAUUGGAAUUAAUUGCUCAUAUUCCCCUCCCUGAAUCUCAUGAAGUGUCAGACUUAAAGAUCUGACUUCUGUCUCUUAAUCAGCCUGUUACCAAGCUAUUGGCUUGGUUUGAAUGUAAACUGAGUGUUAUUCAGGUCCCUGGCUAAAAAUAGUUUUAUUUGGCUUAAAACCAAAUCUAAUGUCUGAACUAUGACUGCCAGAUUAACUGUAAAUAUUUUUUGCUCACUACUUUCUUUUUUUAAAAACUGUUUAUUUUGUUUACAGUCAUCUCAAAGGUCGUUCAUCUGAGCAAUAUGAUCCAUUGUGACAUCCCUGAUGGUAAAAUGACAAGAUUCCUGGCAAUUCAAGCCCCUCUAGAGUCUAUUAAGACCAUGCACUUCAAACUUAUUUAUUUCUUUUUUUCGCAUUUUUAUACUUUUGUGGGUUUUAUUUCCUGGUAACAGAAAAUAAAAUAUUUUGCCUAGUGCCUUCUUUGUAAUUUGUUAUAAUAAAAUGUAAACUGUAACCUCACCAAUUCAGCGUAGCGACAUUUUAUACACUGUGUGGGAGAAGAGAUGCAAGAACAGGAUAUAUUUCUAAUAUGAGACCAAUAAUAUUCAGCCUAUUAUAAAAGCAAAACAGAGAAGAUUCGGGAUAUGGCUGUGUAAAUCUACAGAGAAAGCAUAAAACAAAACAUAGUGUGAUAUUGUUAUAAAACACAAUAUUUCAUGCGCAGUAAUCUUGUGCACUCACAGGAUGUAGGCAGUAAAAGCGCUCUUAAGGUGCCUUCCCCAAUGGAAUGGGGGGCUAGCUGGUGUUCCUUAUCACCUCUGGAUCCUUGUAUCACCAAAAGACAUCCACAGGUCAGGGUUCAGUAAUAAAAAAUUUAUUUAGAUAAAAAGUGUAGUCACCAAUUCAGCAUAGGAUACAAAUAACAGAAGGUUGUCCUACGCGUUUCGUUCUAUAAGAACUUCCUCAGGGACCACAAUUAAAAACAAUAAUAACAAUGUAUCAAUGUACAAUACAUAAACAUAUCCUAUACACAUCCCCCCUCCCUGUGUCCUUAAAUAGGGCUAAUCCCUAAAGUCUAUUGGUGGAUCCAGUAGGCGUGUAAAUCCUCCUUGGUUCUAAUUGGAGACUGAUCUUCCUGUGGCAGCUGUUUGUCAUCCAUUCAUUUUCCAUAAUUUGUAAUUCGCGCCUUUUUCGGCAAAUACCGGAAGUGGUCAUAAUUUGCCGAAACCGGAAGUGACGUCGCGGGAACGUCCGCGUUCCACAUGCGUUCCACCAGUAACGUCUCCAUGGCAACCGGGCGCGAUCAAAUCAUUCAAAGGUCAAAUGGAACACAGGACAAAUAAAAAGCCCCAUUCUGCUUGAGAAAAAAAACUGUUAACCAUUUUUAACAUAUUUAGCCGUUAUUUAUGUAUAUAUAUCUGUUGAGUAUCACCCUCCUCAUUAAUCCCAUCACACAACAUAAUGUUAAUCCUCGUAUUGUACCAAGUAAUCAUAAUACCUCAGUAUAUUAUAAGCCUAAGGCUUCGUAUUACAAAGUGAUCAUAUUUCCUAUGUCUAUUAUUUAAAAGGUUUUUUUUUUUUUUUAUAACUUUAUACAUUGUUAAUCAAAGUGAACACCGUAAUCAAUUCAUCACUGUAUCAGUUUAAACUUCAAUUUGUCGUGUUAUAUAUUUGUACUCCCCAUAAAAAUCUUUGGGAUAAACCUAUUAAACACAUUGAAAUAAUCCAUUGCUAUAGUUACACAAAAAAAGGGGUUAGUAGAUUGUGGCUACAAAAUGACUACUACCCAUAUAAACUUUAUUUAGUGAAUCUACCACAUUCAAUUUAUACCAGCUCUGAAAAUCCUUAGAGCAAAUCCAUUAUUUAUAUUAGAAUAAUCGGUUAUUGUGUUUUUAUUAUAGUCUUUUGUGAUUUUUGGUCAUAUAGGACAAUAGAUCACAAAUUGUAAAAAAAGAUAAAAUAAAAUAUAAGGGAUAUGAAAUAACUACUUGGUAUUUGAUAUAUAUAUAAAUCCUCUCUCUAAGUAGGGAUUAGCUUUCAACUGUAGAAACAACCCAAAUUAAAGGCAAACACACAUAUCCUAACUCUUUGUUCUGAAGAUUUUAGGCCAUAUUAAUCUAGAAAACAAAUUAAAUCAAUAUCGAUAUUGAGACCCUUAGGUGAGAGGGUUUGUAAUUUAUGUAUCCAAUACGUGGGACGGACUAAGAGGAUUUUGAAGGUUCGCCUAUUAGAACAUCUUAAUAAUAUCAGAAAGAGACUGACGACACACUCAGUCCCAACCCAUUGUAUAUCAUGUCCCCUUUUUUCAUUUAAGGAUUUUAGAUGUUGGGGAAUUGAACGAGUCCACCCCUUCUGGCGUGGGGGUAAUAGAGUCCAAAGACUAGCCCAGAGGGAGACGUUCUGGAUACAUAAAUUACAAACCCUCUCACCUAAGGGUCUCAAUAUCGAUAUUGAUUUAAUUUGUUUUUUAGAUUAAUAUGGCCUAAAAUCUUCAGAACAAAGAGUUAGGAUAUGUGUGUUUGCCUUUAAUUUGGGUUGUUUCUACAGUUGAAAGCUAAUCCCUACUUAGAGAGAGGAUUUAUAUAUAUAUCAAAUACCAAGUAGUUAUUUCAUAUCCCUUAUAUUUUAUUUUAUUUCUUUUUUUACAAUUUGUGAUCUAUUGUCCUAUAUGAUCAAAAAUCACAAAAGACUAUAAUAAAAACACAAUAACCGAUUAUUCUAAUAUAAAUAAUGGAUUUGCACUAAGGAUUUUUAGAGCUGGUAUAAAUUGAAUGUGGUAGAUUCACUAAAUAAAGUUUAUAUGGGUAGUAGUCAUUUUGUAGCCACAAUCUACUAACCCCUUUUUUUGUGUAACUAUAGCAAUGGAUUAUUUCAAUGUGUUUAAUAGGUUUAUCCCAAAGAUUUUUAUGGGGAGUACAAAUAUAUAACACGACAAAUUGAAGUUUAAACUGAUACAGUGAUGAAUUGAUUACGGUGUUCACUUUGAUUAACAAUGUAUAAAGUUAUAAAAAAAAAAAAAAACCUUUUAAAUAAUAGACAUAGGAAAUAUGAUCACUUUGUAAUACGAAGCCUUAGGCUUAUAAUAUACUGAGGUAUUAUGAUUACUUGGUACAAUACGAGGAUUAACAUUAUGUUGUGUGAUGGGAUUAAUGAGGAGGGUGAUACUCAACAGAUAUAUAUACAUAAAUAACGGCUAAAUAUGUUAAAAAUGGUUAACAGUUUUUUUUCUCAAGCAGAAUGGGGCUUUUUAUUUGUCCUGUGUUCCAUUUGACCUUUUGAAUGACUUGAUCGCGCCCGGUUGCCAUGGAGACGUCACUGGUGGAACGCAUGUGGAACGCGGACGUUCCCGCGAUGUCACUUCCGGUUUCGGCAAAUUAUGACCACUUCCGGUAUUUGCCGAAAAAGGCGCAAAUUACAAAUUAUGGAAAAUGAAUGGAUGACAAACAGCUGCCACAGGAAGAUCAGUCCUCCAAUUAGAACCAAGGAGGAUUUACACGCCUACUGGAUCCACCAAUAGACUUUAGGGAUUAGCCCUAUUUAAGGACACAGGGAGGGGGGAUGUGUAUAGGAUAUGUUUAUGUAUUGUACAUUGAUACAUUGUUAUUAUUGUUUUUAAUUGUGGUCCCUGAGGAAGUUCUUAUAGAACGAAACACGUAGGACAACCUUCUGUUAUUUGUAUCCUAUGCUGAAUUGGUGACUACACUUUUUAUCUAAAUAAAUUUUUUAUUACUGAACCCUGACCUGUGGAUGUCUUUUGGUGAUACAAGGAUCCAGAGGUGAUAAGGAACACCAGCUAGCCCCCCAUUCCAUUGGGGAAGGCACCUUAAGAGCGCUUUUACUGCCUACAUCCUGUGAGUGCACAAGAUUACUGCGCAUGAAAUAUUGUGUUUUAUAACAAUAUCACACUAUGUUUUGUUUUAUGCUUUCUCUGUAGAUUUACACAGCCAUAUCCCGAAUCUUCUCUGUUUUGGUUUAUACUAUAUAUGAUAUAGGUCGCUUGUUUGGGUAACGACCUAGGGAGGCUGUCAUACAUCUUUAUAAGCUAAGUACUAUUGCUUUUUAUAUUAUUUAUCGAUUGUAUAUUGUUUGGGAUAUACUUAUAAGCUAUUAUUAUAAAAGCAAGACUGUCUAGUAGUCUCCUGGGAGAUGUGCCUAGUGAGUCCCAACAACUUAAUGUAGUAAAGCGGUUAAACUUAUUUUUUAUUUUUAUUUUUGUCCCCCACCCUGAAUAGCUCUGACAAAAUACUACAAUUUUCAGUCUGUCUGGUGUAGUGACUGAACUUAAUAGAAAAUAGCUUGCACCUAACCAAGAUUAGCAAAGUGUAGGAAGUUCUUACCGUCUGAUGUCCUGAGCUCCACUCUGCAGUGAAGUAACCGAAAAUAAGCAGUUGAUUCAUUGGAUCGUAAGAACUUAAUCUGGCAAAAAUUUGUUUUAAAAUGGCUGGCUAAUUAGGGGGGAGAAGGACUUGUAGUUGUCAUGUGUCCUUAAGGGGUUAAACUCUUAUGGCCUUCUAAAUUUUUAGAGAUCUGUCUUCUCCUGGGGUUACUAACUGGUCUGCAUCGUCAAGUGGUAGGGGAAGCUGGUAAAACAAACUCUCCAUCUUUCACUUUAGGAUAGGUGAGCUGUGAUCUUGGGGAAACAGAUCCUUACUAGCAAGCUGGAAAACCUGAUUCUGUCUCUCUAAAUGUGUGGGUUUUAUAUAUAAUUUAAUUUUUUUUUUUUUAAAUCAAACACUGUUUAGUUAAAAUUUUUGACCAAGGUAAGACCAGAGGAGCAGACUGGCCAUGCUUAGUAGACACGACAGCCCAGACUAAAAUGUGCCCCAGCUGAAUUUGUCUAGUUUGGUCAUAUUCUUUGUUACACUCCAUUUCUGUGACAGAUGGACAGGGGAGCAAUUACCCUUGCUGCCACAUAUACAAGCCUUCCAUGGGGUUUAUUUACUGACGCUAAACUCCAGUGAAUUGAAAAACAAAUUACUAAAUUCAGUAGAAAUGCAGCAAUUCUGCUACGGUCUCAGCUUGGAUGUUUCUGCGCACAGUUGGCUGAUCACAACUGGAUGUUUGGGGAACAAGUAUUUGCCAAAGUGUAGCUCUCACAUCUCACCCUGCAAGUAUGUUGUACGCAUGUAAUUUCACAAGACACCAUGUUGAGUUGGUGGUCAGAACAACAAACAUUUCAUCCUGUGUCCCCUGCAGCCGCUUGCCAUCCUGGAUGGAUCAGCUGGGAAGAGAAUAGAAGAUGGUUUCCUCAGGUGUGUGUGGGUUUCUUUUUUAAAAUACAAAGAAAAAUUAAAGGAUCAUUAUAGAGUCAGGAACACAAAGAUGUAUUCCUGACCCUACAGUGUUAACAGUACCAUCUAGCCCCUCAUGCCUCCAUAAAUACAGUAAAUCUUACUGUAUCCAAGCUUGCAGCUUUAAAUCUGCAUGCUGUUAGACUCAGGAAAAACAAGCAGUCUGCUGAUGUGGUAGCGUGAUCCAAUCACAGUGCUUCCCCAUAGGAUUGGCUGAAACUGACAAAGAGCCAGCAUGAUUCAAACACAGCCCUGGCCAAUCAGCAUCUCCUCAUAGAGAUGAAUUGAAUCAAUGAAUAUCUUAGGAAGGUUCAGUGUCUGCUUGCAGAGGGAGGAGAUACCGAAUCACAGGAUGCUGUGCACAGUGCUGCCCUGUGCUUGGCUGCAAGCAGAUCUGAGUGGAUGGAGGCAUAUUAUGCCUCCAUCAACUCCAAAGUCCCUCUGGUUCACUCUGACUGCAACUGGAGGUGUUCCUAGCUUUCAAUGUAAACACUAUUUUCUCAGAAAAUUGUGUUUACAUGAGAGGCUGCAGGGAGCUAUAUCAUUAAGCUGAAGUUGUUCAGGUGACUAUAGUGUCCCUUUAAUUUGUAUAAAUCAAGGACACAAUUAGGUAUGUUCAAAAUAUUGUCCUAAUGAGACCAGAAAAGGAGAAAGUAUAGAUCAAUCUGUGUAUAGGUACAGACAAUACAAUGAACGUGGAAAAAGUGUGAAAAAAUAAAUGAAAUAAAGUGUUCAUUAACAAUGAAAGGGAAUAUUUACAAAGAAUGAGGUUCAGAGAUUGGUGCAGAGAUCGGUUCCUACGAAACAGAUAAGGGGAUUUAGCUCUAUAUUGCUUGAUUACACCGAUCUCUAAACCACACUUUUUCCACAUUGUUCAUUGAAUUAUCUGUACCUUCUCAUUUUCUUGUCACACUAGGACAAUAUUUUGAACAUACCUUGUGUCCAUGAGUUAUACUAAUUAUUGAAAUACUUUCCCCCUCCCUCCCCUUUUUUAACAUAACAAUAAAGGUGAAGUUUUAGAAAUUGUAUUAAUAUUUCAUCAUCAUCUUGUUUGGUCAGUGAUUUCUCUCUAAAUUUGCAGUCCUGUAUGUAGCAGUCAUAUGCUGUAGAAAGAAUGGAUCGCCAGCUCUAAUUGGCUUGAUUUGUGAACUUUCCUUUCUGAAGCACUUUUCAUGCUCUGCCCAUCAGCAGGAACAUUUUUUUUUUUGUAACUUUCUUUUUAUUUAAAAUAAAACGAUUACUAAACGAUUGGUAUCACAGUGGAAGACGCAGGUUCCUUGCAUUGCAAACACAUGAAUCUUGCAUCACAGUAUAACAAGAUUAUAUAGCAUCAUAAAUAUCUCAAGUGCUCUCAGUUCAAUUUAACAAACUAAAACUCCUGAGUCUCAAGCUCCCCACCAAGCCCUGGGUACCCUCCCCCCUCCAGAAUCCCGACCUAAAAAAACUCUAUGGUGUGGACGCAUUGCCCCUCCCGACCAGUCGCGGAUCCCCGGGCCCCCCUCCUCCCGGGAUCCUCUCUGCAACAUCCCCCCUCUCCGUGGCACCCCUCCAUCCUCCAGGUAAUGGUCCCGGAAGAAAUUGAUUAAAGGGACACUCCAGGCACCCAGACCACUUCUGCCCACUACCCUUAACCCUGCAACUGUAAUUAUUGCAGUUUUUAUAAACUGCAAUAAUUACCUUGUGGGGUUAACUCCCUCUUUAGUGGCUGUCUACUAGACAGCCACUAGAGGGCACUUCCUGCUUCAUAGCACAGGUUUUCUGUGCUAGAGCGUCGCUGUACGUCCUCACGCUGUGUGAGGAUCUCCAGCAUCGCUACAUUCCCCAUAGGAAAGCUUCAAUGCUUUACUAUGGAGAGCUCUAAUGCGCAUGCGCGGCAUUGCCGCACAUGCGCAUUAGGUCUCCUCAGCCGGCGGGUGGGAUCAGUCUCGACUGCCGGCUGAUGUAAUGAAGAGGAAGAGCGGCGGCGACCCGAAACCACUGCCGAGGGACAUUGGCCGGGGGUCUCAAGUAAGUCACUGAAGGGGUUUUCACCCCUUCAGCAACCGGGGUUGGGAGGUGGGAGGGAGAGGGGACCUGCAGUGCCAGGAAAAUAGAAUGUUUUCCUAGCACAGGAGAGUCCCUUUAAGUUAGUCCAGGAAAUCAUGAUAAAUAUGACAACAUUGGUGAAUUUUACAUUAUAUAGCUAUAAAUUUGCAGCCCCGCUCCCAUGUUUUUCCAGGAUCCGUAUUAUAUUGAAGCCUUGCAGUAUGUAGAAUUCAUAUGCGGCAGGAGGGAAUCCAGUUAAGUAUUUCCAGUGGAACACUGGUUCCCUUCUGCGGCAUAUUAAUUCUGCAGGCCAGCACUUUUCAUGUCUUACCUAUUUAAUUAAGGAAGGUAAUUACAUCUAAGAAAAUAGUAGACGUCCGUAGAAAUCACUGAAUCAAUCGGUCUGGGGUUUACGUAACAGACCGAUUUGUUCAGUGCAAAUAGAGUGUAUCUGAUGACGUUACACAACGUUCUAUUCACUUAACAACGAAUUGGGAAGGCUUAGAGCAGGCUUCACCAAACGCCGGCCCCUAAGAUGUUGCUGAACUACAACUCCCAUGAUUCUCAGCCUAUCUAUUUCAUUCAUAGAAUCAUGGGAGUUGUAGUUCAGCAACAUCUAGAGGGCUGGAGUUUGGAAAGCCUGGCUUUGAAACAUACAGACAUUGAUAAAAUGAGGACCUUUCAUUUCAGUCCUGCUAUUUGUGGUCUCAAUGUUGCAAAUUAGUUGCCAAGACGACAUAACUGCCCCUGAUGUCUGCUAAUUGGGAUAAUUGAGUCCCAGCUGUGCAUAGUGAUCCAAUGAUUAAUGGGCGGUCCCAGCUGGGGUGGGUAUAAAGUCUGAGCACUGAAGGUAGGAAAGUUACAGCCUGGUGUUUGUUGUUUUGGUGAGUUAGUGGCUGUUGGAUGGGUGUAUUUGGUUUUCAGUAAUCUUGCAAUUCUGGGGUUUAUGUUUGAUAGUCAGCAGAUGUUCAGUUUUUGUUUGGUUUUUUUUUUUUGUAUAAUUUUGUUAUUCUGCAAUAAUCAGUGUGCAUUGGAGGAAACUCUCUAACCUUCUUACAUAGCUGUGAACUGUCCAGAAAAUACUCGUCUUUACAUGUUUUGUGUCCUGUAGACCAUGGCUUAAGGUGUGCAUUAUAUGAAAAUAUCUAGACCUCUCUGUAAGGCAUCCUGGAAUAAGUACCAUGUGUCUUAUUAAACCCAUUAUGUGCUGUAACUGUCUGAUCCAUGCAGUGGCUCAUGGGCAAGGAGUCACUGGCUUUCUAGAACUAAUUCCUGUAUUUGCUAAAACCCUUUCUGUUACAAUGCAAUAGAACUCUCUAUCCUAUAAAACGUUGUAUCUAGCUCUCAUGGGAACUCGUGAGUUACUGGCAAGACCAGAGAAGCUAUGCUUUCUUAAACUGCAUAUUGGUCACACUUGUUCAUGGAAUGAACUACAUAUUCCACAUGCUUUGUCAGCAUUCUGGGAGAUGUAGUCCACAAUAUCUGGAAUGCUGAAGGUUGUCUACCUCUGGCAUAGUGGGUAUAGUAUCCUGCUGAGAACUGGUAGGCCUGGCUUGGCAGUCUCUCUGUAUGUAUGUGUUGAGCAAACACUGCCUUGGUGGGAUUUUAAAUGUUCACUUGUCAGGGACAGGCCCUCUUUACCAUUAGUACACACCUGGGAUGAUGCCUUUGCUCUCCCUCUCCCUGUAUUGAUAUAUAUUGGUGUGAUCUGUCUUCUAGAUCUUUAUAGCUGAGAUGAAACCUGUUGUAGCCAAGAAGUCAGCCGCAGCUGCCUGUGGCAGUAUGCAAGCCUUGCCAGUAAUGGUGAAACCCAAAAAGAGCUACUCCAAACAUGUCUACAGGAUUGUAAAGCAGGUAGGUAGUCCUACUCAACUGUACCCUAAGGUAUAAAUUCUUUAUCCACUGCAGGGCCUUGCAAUAUGACCCUGGGAUGCCAUUAAUGAGGAUUAUGGAGUAAAAUCCAUAUUGCAAAGAACUGGCGCUCUAUACCAGAAUGAAGUUAGGAUUAUUAGACUUGGCUGAUGAAAUAACUGUCAGUUUGUAGUUGGCUCAUAUUACAGGAGAAUAUGUAUAUAAAAACAAAGGCUGUGUAAUUCUUGGCCUCUAUUACUGCUGAUGGGCAGAGCAUGAAAAGUGGUACCCUGUAGUCCUAUAGCAUUCCUACACUGAUGGCUAAUCCAUUUAAAUAACCUGUCCCAUUAACUGACGAACUUAUCCUUGUAUUGGUAGCUUUAAUAACUGUUAAGAUAAUGCCCCAUCUGGGCAGCUGGCUCUGUUUGGGGGCACUCUCCCAAGCAUCGUACUACCUUCAAAGAUGCCAACAUGCUGCUGUUACACACAGAACCUCUCAGAACAGUGAUACAUCACACCAUCCUCUGACCUUUAAUGGUUCUGGAGUCUGACUCAAUGUAUCAUGUUGGCUUAACAUGUCUUAUUUGAUUGCUGUCCUAGGUCCUUCCAGAAGCCACCCAGUCUCAGACGGCGUUGGAUUGUCUGAAUAAAGACAUGUUAGACAAUGACAGACUGCAUGAUAUUGCUGCAGAAGCUGCCAGACUGUCUCUUUACAAUAUGAGACAUGCUAUAACCAGCAAGGAGGUCAACUGUGCCCUGAGACUCGUCUCCAGGACACCCAUGGCAGGGGACUCCAUGUAA